CGCACCGCAAAACCCAACAGACGUUGUAGCGAACUCGACGAUCGCGGACGUCCGUUGUGGUGGUUUGCCUCAGGUUUGCGCACUACUGUCUUCUUCCAGUUCCACGAUCCCCAUAUACCGGUGGUUGUACCGUGCGGUGUAUCCAGCCUCCAGUGCAUCCCAAAGGGGGAAACGAGAGUAACGCUGUGGUGGAAGUGGUUAAAAUAGGAAGUGUCAACACCCGUAAUUCGAUUGAAUUCCCAACGUCCGGCGUACGUGCACAAGUGGACGCGUGUUAGAACCCUCUCCCCCUCCGUUUUGCAGUGUCCAAGUGUGUGCGUGCGUAGUACCUUGUGUGUGAGUGCGUUCCGUGUUUGAGUUUGUGAUUGUCAUAUCAUACGCGAAGCCCUUAAUCCCUUCAUCAACGACACGAUGCUGAAGUUUGUGACCAUUUGCUGCCUGCUGGGCUGGGCCGGCUGGGCCGCUGGGCAGGAAAUUCCGCCGUACAUCAAACAGUGUCGCCGUUCCGAUCCCGGCCUGACCGACUGCCUGAAGGAAGCGCUGCAGCAUCUGCGCCCCUAUCUGUCCAGCGGCAUCCCCGAGAUAAAGCUACCCUCGGUCGAGCCGUUCGUGAUGGAUCAGCUGUCGCUGCAGCUCACCGGUGGACCUCAAGGAUAUCGGAUCAACCUGAAAAACAUGGAAGUGUUUGGCGCUAGCAAUUUUACCGUCCGGUCGAUCAAAUUGGCUGACGGCAGCAAACCAUUCGAGACCCGGCUGACCAUUCCCCGGCUAACGAUUCACGCCAAGUACACCAGCAGCGGUGUGCUGAUCAUCAUCCCCGCCAGCGGAUCCGGUGACUUCGAUGCCGUGUUCGAUGGUGUCACCGCCGACGUUAAGGGACUCGUAUCAACGAACGAGAAACCGACCGGCAUGCAUCUGCGCGUCGAAAAGCUCGAUCUGAACCUGUCGAUCAAGAAGCCGCGCCUCAGCGUUUCGAAGAUCUUCAACAACAAUCGCAUUCUGACCGAAGCGACGAACCUGUUCCUGAAGGAAAAUGGCCACGAGGUCCUGCGUGCCCUGCAGCCGCAGCUGCAGAAGAAGCUGUCGUCCGAAUUCACCGGCAUCGCUAACCAGCUGCUGGACAACGUUCCCAUUCACUUCUUCAUCGUAGACUAAUGCGCAACGGGCGUAAGGCGCGCGCGCAAACUUUUGUUUCGGGACGGGCACUAUGUGAUACUGUUUGUUAUAGAAUUAAGCUCCCAGACCAGACCAGAACCGUGCGACCGUUGUUCGUGUCGUGCUUAAGCUUGUUAGCAUUUUCAUUGCUUUUGCACAAUAUCGUUGUGUAACAAGAAAGUAGGACGCAUUGCUGCGUUGUUGUUUAGAGAGACAAGCAAACGUUCAGUGUGAUGCAUUCUACGGUUAUCGGGUGGUUAAACUUUGAUGGUUAAGGAAACAUCCCUUGCAGUACAAACGACAAAAAACAACAACAGCAAACAUAAUCAAUUAGAGAAGCUUCAUGAGAAAUUUCAGCUCCAAAGGCGAGCCUAAAGCGCACUCGCUACAAAACAAGUUUAUAAUGUUGUGUACGUGGAAAACUCUUCUUAUGCUUGAUGUAAUAAACAAACAAAACUAAACUACUAAAA